AUGGGCAACAAGCAGACCAUCUUUACCUCCCAGCAACUGGACGACAUCAGGACAACCCUUUCCAGGCAGAGGAUUGCUGAGGUUUUCUCAGAAGAUGGAGAAGGAAACAUGACUUUGGGCGACUUUCUGGACAUGUUUUGAUUGCUUAGUGAAAUGGCGCGGGACCUGAAGGCAUAUUGCUUUAAAAUCUACGACUUCAACAACGGCGACUUCAUCUGUAAAUCGGAUCUGGAGAAAACUUAAAAUAAACUGACGCGCGAACGAGCUGACCGAGGGGCGAGGUGAGGAUGGUGUGCGAGAGGUGAUCGUGAAGCCGACCUGGACAACAGCGGCCGUCUGUCUCUGGAGGAUUUCCAGCACAUGAUAGUGAGAGCGCCCGACUUCCUUAGCACCUUCCACAUCAGGAUCUGA